AUGCCUACAUUUGAACAAGUAAGAGAUCUACUAAAAACAACCAACACCAUUAUUUUAAAAAUAAGUUUCAGCACUUUCAAAAGUACUUUUUUAAAGCUGCUUUUAUUAAGCUCAUCCAAACGGUCCUUAGAUUUCUUCCCUCCAUUUUGUGGCCGCCUUGGCACAACCAAAAACGAGAAGAAUGGCACCACUUCUUUCUUUAUAAACUGUAACAAUGAUGGUGCUCAACUCAACCAUGCAACCGCACAUGGUAUUAGAGUCAGUGACAUUGUGGAGUCAGAUUACAAUCCUUACGUGGUACGCGAUUUCUUCCCAUUAAAUGGAGUCCAAAAUCUAGAGGCUACCUCCCAGCCCUGUUUUGCAGUGCAAGUAACAGAGCUUGAGGAUGGUGUAUUCGUUGGCUGCUCAAACAAUCAUGUGGUAGUCGACGGAACUUCUUUUUGGCAUUUUUACAAUUCUUGGACUGAGAUAUCUCGAGGUUUUAAUGUCAUCUCGAAAAUUCCUUUUUUGAAACGUCAAUUCCCUUUCAAUAUUAAUCAUUUCUCUGAUCGCAUUUCUAUACCAAAUGAAAGAGUAAAUGCAGGUUAUAGAUUCAUUCCUCCACCAAUGCUACGAGAAAGGGUAUUUCACUUUACCAAAGAAAGUGUAGCCAAGUUAAAAGCAAAGGCCAAUCUUGUAAUGAACACCACAAAAAUUUCGUCUCUUCAAGCUGUAUUGGCUCACGUUUGGAGAUCCGUCAUACGUUGUCGUCAUCUUGAUCUUAGUGAAGAAACUACCUUUGAGGUAUCCAUUGACAUGAGGGGAAGAUUGAAUCCUCCUUUACCCGAAGGGUUCUUUGGAAAUGCAAUUUGCCCUGCUACCGUAACCAUCAAGACAGGAGAGCUACUCGAGCACGAAUUUGGAUGGGCCGCUUUACAAAUCAAUGAGACGAUUGCUCUCCAUGAUCAAGAAAAGUUGAAGUGCAUAUACGAGAGUUGGAUGAAUGACCCUGAGGUAGUAAAAUUGGGCGAUUUGCCAAGCAAUUACUUUAUGCUGAUUUUUACAAGUAUGAUUUUGGAUGGGGAAAACCGAUUACCCAUAGAAGUGGCAUUGGAAACAUGCUAGAGGGGAAAAUAACAGUGUCACCUGGACAAGAAGAAGGGAGUAUGAUUCUUGAGAUUUGCCGACUAUAAAAGCAUUGGAGGAAGAUGUAAUAAUAUUUGGGGAGUUAGUGACUACGCCACUUGUUGGUUUGGAACGUACGAUUCGAGCUCGUAUUUAAAUGAUUCUUAUGGUACUUAUUACUGUUAGAUUCUGAAGCAUAAAUCAUGAGAAAAUAUUACUAUGUAGAAAUAUAUUGCUGGCUUCUUCUAUCUCAGGACAGAGUAUCAUUACAAUCAUAUGUAUAUUGCAAAAGAAUACAUUGUGUCGAACUUUUCAGGUAUACGAAAUCUACUAUUUUCGAAUAAAUAGCACGUUUUACUCUUUAAA